AGCCGGACAAGCUGCGCGGGAUGCGGAGGUGGAUACUGGGAUUUGUAUCAGUCAACUUUGACCUUGAAUUCGGGCCGACGGUCGAGUCGGUGUACCCUCAUGCCACGCUCUCCCAUACAGAAGCGGAGAAUAUCGCGUUCUCGUCUUUCCCCGACUGUCCCCAAUUCGAAGAAGGCUCGCAGACCCACUCCUUCCGCAUCCGGGACACGACUUCACUCCAAGGAGCCGUAUCUAGACCGACAGAACGUCCCCCGCCGCUUGACGGCUUCCUCUACGGUUUCGCAUUCUUCACGCAGAGCAGAGACAGCUCCUCGAAACGCGGGUAUUCGCAGCGCUCGCUCGUCCUGCUGACGCACCAUCCAUACCCUGCGCUCUUCGAUGCCGUGGUAGCCAUCGUCGGUCCGCUGUAUUCCCGGCACGGCCAUCCAAUGCUGGAGACCGCGUGCCAUAAUAUCGCCAACUGGCCAGAUCCGGCCAAGGGUAUGAGCUUGGAACUUGGUUUCCUCGGAUCCGUCUUUCAAGUGGAUUUGCCGGGGAGUAGCAACGAACAGCAAAUGCCGAGCUCGAGCGCCUUAUCCGACAAGUUCGGUCCUCACAGGGUAAGUCUAGGCCCCACGGCUCCGGCAGACCCGCCUAUAAUUGUCAUCUUGGAAGAAUCGCUGUCGCAUCUGUGGUCAAUAUGGGAAUGCCUGGUCUUGUGCGAGCCGGUACUGAUUUACGCGCCGUCGCCUGAAUUGACCAGCCAAGUUGCCUGGUGGCUGCGAGACAUCAUUCGCCCUAUUCCUCUCUCGGGAGACUUCCGGCCGUACUUUACGAUCCAUGACCAGGACCACUCCACCCUGGUCAACAAGAUGCCGCCGAAAGCGGGUCUCAUACUCGGGAUUACGAAUCCGCUUAUAGAGCGAGCCUGUAAGCACUGGCCGCAUUUACUGAGUAUAGGAUGUAACAGAAGGUAUACACGCAGCAAACGUCCCUGUUUACGCGCUUAUACGAAGCUUGGCAGUGUACAUGCCCCUGAGAAGGGCCUGGCUGGCCCCAAGCCGGGCUGGGCCACAAAGACGCACAACCGGUACGUCUCAAAAGACCGAGCAUUGCUCAAGAAAGUCGAAGACGCCCGCCAUGGCGAUGUCCGAUCUCAAAUCGAAGCGUCCCUGGCACUUCGGCGGCACUUUGGGUCGAGAACGAACGAGCUGCUCGUCCCGCUGCACAGAUACCUCAACACACUGAUACCCCCGCCGUCCGCAUCGACGGCGACUCCGCGCCGGCUGAAGGCGUUCAGCACGACGGACUUCCUCGCAUCGCUCAAGGCGCACGGCUCGCCGCUGCCCUUCCGCUCGGGCAGCCGCCGGACAGAGUUUUAUUCGCGCUGGCUGCGCACGCCCGCGUUCGGGCUCUGGCUCGCCCAGCAGGAGGAGGUUGUGGAGGAAGCGUUGAGGGGUGCCCCGCGUCACCAGUGA